AUCAAAGACAAAGAAAUCCAAACCCAUCAAACUCGUCAAAUAGGAACCUUCCUCUUCCUUUCCCUUUCCUUCUUCUCUCGCUUCUCACCGAUAAAUCCCUUGCCAACCACUCUCUCUUUCUCAUUUCUCCCAUACCCUUAAUUUCUUUCUCUAUCUUUCAUGGAUGACUACACAGACUUACCCAGGAAACACAUUAAUUAUGCUGUUAAUGGCAAAGUAAUGCUCUGCACAGGCAUCGUUCUCUUUGUAGCAUUACUUAUCAUACUCUGCUUCCACAACUACACUCGUAUCUUGUUCCGCAACCGCCGUCUCCGUUACAUCCGCCGUCGUGCUCAGCACUUGCUCUCCAUUUCCACUGCUACUCCGACCACCGUUGCUCCCAAAGGUUUGGAUCCUUCUGUCAUUAAAACGAUCCCUACUUUUAUUUACUCCGCCAAAGCCAAUCAUUUCCCUCCACUUGAAUGCGCCGUUUGCUUGGCCGAGUUCGAGAACGACGAGGAAGCCCGCGUUUUGCCUAAGUGUAAUCACACCUUCCACGUUGAUUGCAUCGACAUGUGGUUUUAUAGUCACUCUAACUGUCCACUCUGCAGAGCUCCGGUCCAAGCUGAUACUCUGGUCAAUCCACCUAAAACAUUAGACCAGACCGUUUUUCCGGUAGCUGAAGCAGCCAGUUCAGAGCCUCCAAGAGAAGAUAUUGAAAUGAAUAGCUCUUCAGCGGCUGCUUCGUCUUCUUCGUCUUCGCCGUCGUCAUUGAAGCCGGAGAGUUGCCCCAUGAAAACAUCGGAGCUACUAGGGCUGGGAAUUCUUGUAGAGGUCGCCACUGGAGAAGACAGAUUAACGAGUGUUGCGGAUGCGGGUUCGGGUUCGGGUGAUCGGAUUCUGAGUCUGAAGAGGAUUUGGGUAGGACAGGAGUAGUAAAAUCUAAAAAAAAAAAUGUACACAAAAAAUGCAUAUUCCGGUAUCUCUGGUAAGAGAGGAAAGAAACAAGACUUGCCGUUAGAAAAGACGCAGUUCUUGAGGA